UCGAGAAGGAAGCAACGCGAUCAUCGAUCGGUGGCAACUUGACUCGAAGCAACGUCGAAUCGGGUGCCGAUAUCGGUAAGAUCUCUGCGCCGAAGGGCUCUCGGAAGGGCGGCAGCCUAUUGGAACGUCCGGUGGGAGCGCGUGGUGAUUACUCGUUCCGCACGGAUUUUCCGAAACACCCCCAAAACGGCAACCCGUGGUCGUUGUGGUGUUGCCGGGGCCCCGCCGUUAACCGCGAGAGAUCGCGAGAAGGGAACUUGGCAGAAUCGGCGGGGCGAUCGCCCAGAGGAUCGGCCUCCUCGUGCGCGACCGGCUCCACCACCACCACCACCAUCUACGCCGCUUGCUGGCGGCCUAGUGAAAUGGAGGAGAAGUCCUCGGCUCGGUUCUCCGAGUACUUGUUCGCCAAGAUGGAUGGCCAGGACGUGUCGGCCUCUCAGGGUCCCCGUAAGGUGACCGCCGACACCAGAAAAUUCAUGCGGGAGAAUCUUCUUCUCAUAGUUACCCUUUCCGGUGUCCUCUUCGGCGUCGUGCUCGGGUUCGGUUUACGACCCUUGGGCCUCGGCGAUGACGCAGUUAUGUUAAUCAGUUAUCCCGGAGAGCUCUUCAUGAGGUUGUUAAAGUUAAUGAUCUUACCACUGGUGAUUGCCAGCCUUAUAUCGGGCUCGGCGAGUUUGAACGCGAGGAUGAACGGGAUGAUCGCCGUCCGAACUUUGGUGUACUUUAUACUCUCCUCCUUGUUGAACGCUGUCCUCGGUGUUGUCCUGGUUCUGCUCAUUCAUCCGGGUAAUCCUGGAAUUAGAAAAUCGAUCGCGACCUCGCACAAUGGAAGGGCCGUGAACAUCUUGGACAGCCUUCUCGAUUUGGGAAGAAAUAUGUUUCCGGAUAAUAUAUUCCAAGCAGCUUUUCAGCAGGCACACACGGUAUACGUUCCAAAAACGCCGCCCUUCCAGAACCUCACCUCGACGGUUUCGAUAUCCUCGGACGUUCUCGGUGACGAGGAAUUGAUGAGAGUGACGCAAUACAGAAGCGGGACAAACACUCUGGGCAUUGUUUUCUUUUGCCUGGUGUUCGGCACAUUCUUGGGCACUCUCGGGGAGAAAGGCCAGAUCGUGAUCGACUUCUUCAAAGCUGUGUUCGAAGUGAUCAUGAGAAUGGUGUCUACGGUGAUGUGGAUGACACCUGUGGGCAUAACAUCGGUGAUAGCUGGGAAAAUAUUGGGCGUAGCCGACUUGGCGUUGGUGAUGUCGCAGCUCGCCUGGUUCAUCGUCACGAUCGUGAUCGGUGUGUUUUUCUAUCAGCUGGUGAUCAUGCAGCUGAUCUAUUUGGCCUUCGUGAGAAAGAACCCCUUUAAAUUCUACGCCGGCCUCGCCCAGGGUACACUCACCGCCUUCGCCAUGGCAUCAACGGCUGCCGCACUUCCCGUCACUUUUCGCCUGAUGACGGACAAACUUCGAGUCGAUCCUAGAGUGACCAGAUUCGUUCUACCGAUCGGUUGCAAUAUUAACAUGGACGGGACGGCGUUGUUCGUGGCAGUGGCAAGCAUAUUCAUCGCCCAGAUGCACGGGAUCGCUUUGGGCUUCGGUGAAAUCAUAACGGUUAUUUUGACCUCCACCGCUGCGUCCGUGUCAUCGGCGUCAGUCCCAAGCGCCGCUUUGGUCCUCCUUCUGGUGGUGUUGAGCGCCAUCAACGCCCCCGUUUACAACGUCUCCCUUUUGUUCACCAUCGAUUGGUUCGUGGAUCGCAUUCGUACCACGAACAACAUGUUGGGCGAUUGCUACGCCGCCGCUGUGGUCGAGCAGUUGUCGAAAAAGGAAUUGAUGGCGCUGGAUGCGGCAGCCUAUCAAUCGGAAACCGUUUUGCCCACAACGAUCGCGAACGGAUGCAUUUCCGCAAACAGGGUACCCGAUCCCGACACCAUCGUCGUCGAGAUGCAAGACGACACGAGGAUAGCCGGCGUCGCCAACAUCAGCGUGUUGCAGAUACCGAGGAGCGUGACGGAAGAGACAGUUUGACCUGUGGCUUCGCUACGAAAACAUAGUUUAGCUUUAAGUUACACCAUCAUCUAAAGAGAGAGAGAGAGAGAGAGAGAAUGCGACGCGUUCAUCGCGGGGAUCAAAAAAGAAACAGUUCAUCGAGAAGGAAAAAAAAAAAAGAAAUGUUUUUCUACUCUAUUUCUCUCCGAGUGUUGUAAAGAAUUACGGCACUGCUGUCUCAAAAAAAAACGAAUAUCAAAUAAGUAAAGUCAAUAUCGAGGAGUGCGCUACGCGAUUUAUCGUCGUUUAGUGCUAUGCGAGCGUAGCAAUAACUUUUGUAGUGGCUUCUUCGAGCGAGUUGAGAGGAGGAGAAAAAAAAAAAAAGAAAAAGAAAAAGAAAAAGAAACAAAAAAAAAAAAACAUGUAUGUAUAUCGCGAGAUCAUGGAUUUUUGUUGUGCACUAUGAAAAUAUCGAACGAUCGCGUGAACAGCGUCGGACGUGGUGCCUUAUUUUAACGUGGCAUGUGCCAUCCGAAAGUAGAAUUCAAUUUCUUUUCCGAGUUUUGUCGAGCGUAGGGCAACGUUUACUCAUUGCCUGGUAAGAAAAAAAAAAAAAAAAUAAAAAGAAAAAAAAGAAGAAAAAAAAAUAUAUAUAUAUAUAUAUAUUUUUCGUGACCGAUCGUUGUACUGCCACAAAAUCUUUUUUACGAUGUGUGAGUCGAUGAUACGAAUUUUACGAAACGUUUAAUUAUUCGAGAAACCUUCUUCUUCUUCUUCCUCUUCUUUUUCUUCGUUAUCGAACAGACAAUGAGUGAAAGGUUGCAUGGCGCCACGAUGACUUUAUGACGCAUGAUCGAUGUCCCUUCUAUCAAUAUCCGAUCGAUCGUUGACGAAAUACUUGGAAGAAUAUGUGAAAAAAAAAAAAAAAAAAAACAAACAAACUGUUUUGCGUAGCGUUAGAAAUUCGUGAUACGAAUCGUCUAGCUAUGAGUAACACGAUGUAAUUAAUUAUACGAUUAUACAAAACGUGUGCCGAUAUGUCAGCGGUUAACGUUCGAUAAGAGAUAAUAACAUCGUUCAACACUACCAAUACACGUCGUAGUCGACGACAUUUUGAAAGAUAAAGUAGGUUCCUUUUUUUUUUUUUUUUUUUUUUCUUUUUUUUUUCUUAGCUUCUAACGUACCGAAUUUCACUUGUGGACCAUGGACAAGUGUAGAUCGGUGCACAGAAAUCUCUCGGCUGUCGAUACGAUACGACCAGUUUAAAAUUCGAGAAACAUUUUUAAUCCCGAGAUAUCUGACGAAGGUACCGCAUCUACGAUUCUGCCUCUGUGUUUUCGAUUGAUGAUCCUUGGGCCAAUUUGUAUUUCGAGGUAUUACUGUUUGCCGACUUUGUAACACACAUCCGAAAAAAAAAGAAAAAAAAAAAAAAAAAAAAAAAAAAAAAAAAAAAAGAAAAGACGAUAUAGAAGCGCUCGUGAAAGAGCAGUUUUAAGACUGGACAUGCCAUUUGAAUUACUUACGAUACAUCGUUAUAGAAGAAUUCUGAAAAAGGGUUCGCUAAUUUUAGGCACUAGAAACGUAGGUCGAUACGUGUUCUCUCGUAGAGACUGUUUAAAUGUACAAAUUAACUGGAUAAAUAGUGCUUCGUAGUGAGCUUUUCGUCGCUUGAAAAACAUUCGAUUGAAUGAUUUUUUUUUUUUUUUUUUUUUUUUUUUUUUUUUUUUUUUCCAUCGAGAAAUAGUUGGAAUAAUUUUCGCGGCUUUCUCGCUGUUUUUUCCGUUGAACGCGUUCCUCGCUUAUUUCCGUUCUCGAGCGAUCGAAUGGUAUUUCCGUUCGAUCGUUUCCUUUUUUUUUUUCAAAGUUUGCGAUAACACGAAUUCUCACGCAUCAACGUUGAGUUUAUUAUUUACGAUCGGAUAGCGUAUAGCUAGAAUAGAAAGAGAGAGAGAGAGAGAGAGAAAGAGAGAGAAAGAGAGAAAGAGAGAGAGAGAGAGAGAGAGCGAGCGCUUUGCACUAAUAACCCGAAAAGGGAGACAAAUAGAGAGAAAGAAUUUAUCGAAAAAAAAAAAAAAAAAAAAAUACUUGAAAGACUACGUGUGAAUAUACUUGUAAAGCUCAACGUGUUGUAUUACAAGGUGCAAGAUUUA